ACGAAGAAAAAGACCUUUGGUUCUCAUUGGGACUGGAGGCUUGAGCGCAUGCUCAGUAGCUGCGUUCUUUUCACUUAGCCUUGCGUGAUGUCUCCGGUGCUUUCCAAACUCGAAUCGGGGCCUCUGCCCCAGAAGUUGCUUGCGCGGUACUUGCUCCUGCUGCGUCUCUACCCGGUGCUCACGAAAGCCGUGACCAGUGCCCUUCUAUCAGCUCUCGGGAGCCUCCUGUCUCAGAUCAUUGAGAAGAGCCGGAAAAAGAGAGGCCCUUCGAAAAGUUUUGACUUGGGCGGGCCUUUGAGAUUUGCCACCUAUGGGUUCUUAUUCACAGGGCCACUGAGUCACUACUUCUACCUGUACUUGGACCAGCUGUUCCCUCCCGAUGUGCCUUUUUCCAUUGUCAAGAGACUCUUGGUGGACCGAGUCAUCAUUGCCCCAGCUUUCCUUCUACUCUUUUUCUAUGUCAUGAAUGUGCUGGAGGGGAAAGACACAUCUGCUUUCAUGAAGAGGAUAAAGUCUAGUUAUUGGCCUGCCUUGAAAAUGAACUGGAAAGUAUGGACGCCCAUCCAGUUUGUUAAUGUUAACUAUGUUCCUAAUCAGUUCCGAGUGCUGUUUGGAAACCUAGUGGCCCUCUUCUGGUUUGCCUAUCUGGCCUCUGUCAAGAAGUGAGUGACUAUGUGUGAGCCAUGGGAUUGGGCUCAGUAGUUGCCCCUGGUGGAGGAACCUGACCUUUGUGCUUCAUGGGAGGAAAAAAAGGCGGACCUGCCCUGAGAGAAACAGCUGUUGCUGCUGCACGGACGGAGUUCUGUGACUAUUUGCAUUCCCUGUGAUCCAAGCCGCUGCUUUCUCUGCACACUUUCCGGAGCCUAAUGAAAAAGGAAGCUGGCCCUGAGCUGGGAUUCUCGAGGACUUACUGUCCUAACAAGCACAUCUAACCCAGCCUUUCUUGUUUUUCAUUUAUUUUAAUUUUGUGUCUAAUUUUUGCUGAGGGAACAGCAAGCAAUAACACUUUUAAAAAUGGUGCUUAAUAGGGUUGAUAAAACUGUGUCCUGGGAUUUGGUCUUUGAAAACAAAACGAAAUAAAAUUUUUAAAAUCUUUUCAAUGAUAAAA